CACCCAAUCCGGUCGAAGAAGAAGAUGCUGCACCUGCUUAGCACUCCAAACCGGAACACCAAGGGCGGUCCAAGCCACCAACAGGGCAACGGUUUCUGCGCUUUAUCCAGAUCUUGAAUGCUUUGAUCGUGAGAUGGCCCGAGUCCACCAUCGACAUACCGCCCCUCAAGACACACACGUUCAACUUCAGUCUUGACUUCCACGAGGUAGCGGCCUCGAAUGAAGCCUUCGAGAAAUAUAACACGGCGAUGCGCAUCGCUGCCUCGGAUGGCAUCCGUGGCCGUGACAACCACCAGACGAAGCAGGUCCCUCCGUUCAAAAGCCUUGUUCACGCACUUCAGCAUGCCAGUCACCCUAAAUUGGUCGAGCUCAUGGAGUUCAUUCGAUACCUGAACGCGAAUCGGGAUACAGAUACCAAUGCCGAGAAGCAAGAUGUUCUUUAUGAGCCCGAAGAUAUGGAGCGCUGGACAGCAUGGCGUGAAACUCUAAAGACGAACGACUCAUGGCGCUCCUCUCCCAUAACCGCGCUCAUAGAUGUCUACAACAAGCAACAGGACCUGGAUCCGGCUUGCUCCGUCAUUGUCUUCGACAAGAGUGUCUCCUUUUUGGAUAUUGUCCAGAUUGCCUUUUGGUAAUAUGUACGACCUGGUUGAGUGCCUGCGAUACGACGGCGGCGAGAGCCCUGAGAAGCGUGAUGCCAUUUUGUCCGAUUUCGCCCAGGCGGAUGGGAGCAAAGUGCUCCUAAUGUCCCAUGCGGCGGGUGGCAUUGGGCUGAAUGUAGUUUGCGCAAACGCCACCAUCCUGUGUGCGCGCUGGUGGAAGAAGGAAUGGGAAGAGCAGGCGAUGAAGAGGGCCUAUCGGCUGGGGCAGAUGAGAGCAGUCACCUUUGUGACUCUGUUUGUAGAGAAUUGCGAUGCCGAGCGCUACAAGGCCAACGCACCGGACCGCAA